AAUUGCGUCCAAUGACGAUGCGCCCUGAACCGCCUCUUCCAAUCCUGCCGUUGUUGCUAUUACUACUCUGAGACGCGUUGCUAUCCCAGAAUUCUCACGAGAACUCGCGGGGCUAUUUUCUAAUUCGCGCUUUAAAAGAAAAAAGAAAAAGUGGGGAGCGGCUUCUGACGACAUCAAACAGCGCCGAGUGUUCUACGAAGGAAGGAUUAGAUUCUUAUCUUUUCCGCCCUCUUUGAAACCCGGCAGCUGUAGGGCCUCAGUUGCAUGAUUCUGUUCUGUUUCAGAAGAGGCCAUAUUUUCAUUAUGUCGGGAAGCUACUAUUUUGUAAUUGUAGGUCACCAUGAUAAUCCUGUAUUUGAAAUGGAAUUUCUACCAGCUGGUAAAGUAGAAUCUAAGGAUGACCAUCGCCACUUGAAUCAGUUCAUAGCUCAUGCUGCUCUUGACCUAGUAGAUGAAAACAUGUGGUUAACAAAUAAUAUGUACUUGAAGACUGUGGAUAAAUUUAAUGAAUGGUUUGUUUCUGCCUUUGUCACUGCAGGCCAUAUCCUUUUUUGUUGCAAUGCUAUAAGAAGAACAUUUCAGAAUAGAGAUGGAAAGCCUAUGGCCUUCCAAAUGUUCCUAAACUACAAUUUUCCACAUUUCUUGCCAUGGUUGGGCAGUGGUUAGAAUGCAGUACUGCAGGCUACUGCUGCUGGCUGCUGGCAGUUGACUUGGCCUUCCAUCCUUCCAAGGAGUGCAAAGUUGAAGGUGAAAUCUGCGCCCAAGAGGUCUCAGAGGUACUCCGAACACCCGUUUCAGCUCGUCCACAUGGAUUUGGUGGGUCCAUUCGCACCUUCCGUGGGUAAGAGACGGUACUUUCUUACCAUAGUAGAUGACCAUAGCAGAUUUGGAUUCGUUUUUCCCCUAAUGUCUAAAAGUGAAACGUUGACUAAGUUUAAGGAAUUUUGUAACUUAGUCCAGAACCAGCACAAGGUCAGAGUUAAGAAAAUCUUAACUGACAGAGGAACUGAAUUUAAUUCAAAUCAGUUCUCCAGCUGGUUGAGGAGUAAGGGCAUAGUCCACUUACGCACCGUGCCUUACUCUAAGUUUCAAAAUGGCAUCGCAGAACAGCGCAGCGACGUAUUACAAACAAUGAUGCGGUGCGCCCUAGAGGAUUCCGGACUAGACUUCGCGUACUGGGUAGAAGCAGUUAGAUACGCGAAUUACACCUUGAACCGAGUGUGGUCUAGCGUGGUGCAGAAGACCCCAUACGAGGUGCUAUACGGCCAUAAGCCUAGCUUGGCACACCUCCAUGUUUUCGGAGUGAUGGCCGAUGUUCAUGUCCCGAAGGAGAUUAGGAGAAAGGGAGACCGGAUCUCUGUUAAACUGAGAUUCGUUGGUUAUGAGCAGGGCUCCAAGGCAUUUAGGUUUGCCUACCCUAACGGAAAACUGAUGAUAUCAAGGUCUGCCACCUUUCACGAAGGGGCCAAUUGGAGUAAGAUCCAUGCCAAUGAGAUUCUUACUCGGAACCCUUCCCGUAGUUGUCGUAGGCAAUCGGAGGAUGUAUCGGAGAACCUAUCCGAUGAUAGGGAUACAUCUGGUUCUGGGAAGCGUGGAACCCAGACACCCUUGAAAGGGAUAUUGAAGCAUAAGAUGGGGGUAGCCAGGAAGGAUAGGCACCCAGCUUCUGAGACGCAUAGUGAUAGUCACGAGGUAGAUGACUCAUCGGACGACUCUGAUGUCAGUGACACGCCCAGAGGCAGACCAGUUAGGGCUACUAGAGGCAAUAAGCCUAGGAGGUACGACGACUUUGUUACCUCAGUCGACCAGGUUUUGGCCACCCCUCAGAGAUAUGAGGAUGUGCUGGCCUUACCUGACCAUGAACGACAGAAGUGGCUGGCCGCCAUGGAUACAGAACUAGACAGCCUGAAAAGGCUGGAUGUAUUCAUGCCAACAAGAUUGCCCAAGGACAAGAGGGUGAUCGGCACUAGGUGGCUUUUCAAGCAAAAGCCCAUUGAAGGUGGGGGCUUUGUCUAUAAAGCGAGACUAGUAGCACAGGGAUUCUCGCAGAGAUUCCCUGACGAUUAUGAGGACACCUUCUCGCCCACGGUGCGUCCUGAGAGCAUGAGAACAGCUCUCAUCAUCGCUACCAUGCGAGGCGAACAUGUAUAUCAGUUCGAUAUUCAGACCGCGUACCUGCACGCCCAGUUAGACAAAGAGCUGUACGUGAGGAUUCUUCAGGGAGUAAGCCAUCGGGAAGACGAUGUGUGGUUGUUGAACAAGAGCCUAUAUGGCUUAAAACAGUCUGGUAAACGAUGGUACGAGUGUCUCACAAAAAGCCUGAGAGAGAUGGGCUUUUUACCAUCGUCGGCUGACGAGUGUGUUUUUGUCAAGGAAGAUCAGGGCAUUAGGGAAACGAUACUGUUGUACGUUGAUGACAUCCUAUAUAUUUGCAGAUCAGAGAACAGGCAUAAGAAGUUCUCUGAGGACCUAAGUAAGAGUUUCGCCUUAAAACCAUUAGGUCACAUUAGCAAAUUUUUAGGGGUGCAAUUCGUAAAAACCGAGAAGGGGUUUCGGCUCUCUCAAGAAGAUAAAAUUAAGGAAUUGCUUAAAAAGUGUAGCAUGGUAGAGGCGAAGCCAUGCGAUACCCCUAUGGCAACAGACUUCCUUAAGAAUAUGUACACUGAGAGCACGGAGUUUGAGGAUAAGACCCUUUACAAGUCCGUGAUUGGGUUGUUGUUGUACAUUGCAAGAUGUGAUUGUUUAGAUGCUACAUAUUAUCAUGUUUGGUGGACCUGUAAGAAAGUUAAGGCUUUUUGGAUAAAAAUUUGGUGGGUUAUGCAGAAUGUUUUGAAGAAAAAAGAUCAAUUUUCUCCACAACUGUUUUUAUUGGGUAUAGUUAAGGGUUUUACUUCGGGUGAAACAAAGUUGAUAUUGUACAUGAUAACAGCUGCGAGAUUAUUGAUAGGUAAAUACUGGAAAAAUGAAGCUUUGCCCACGAUCGAGGAAUGGACUUUGAAGAUGGCCAGUUUUGCAGAGAUGGCGAAGAUUUCGGCAUAUUUAAAAGAUUGUUUACAAGAGACUUAUGAAUGGAAAUGGAAAAAGUGGAUAGAUUAUGUUCAGAACAAAUAUCAAACCAGGAAGUAUCAAAUAGUUUUUAUUUGAAAAUGUUAUAUUAAGAUAGAAAUAUUUUAAUGUAAUGAAGAUGAAAAAUUAUAAGGGGGAGGGAGGGUUUCAAGUUUUAUACA